AUGCACGCCAACGCGCGGGCGCAACGGACGCCCACGACGGCGUUGAGCGUCCAGAAUGCGCGCGUUUCGCGUCGCGCCGCGAUUCGCGCGCGCAGCCAAAUCCGACGCGUGCUCUCGCUCAAGUCGCCCGCGGUGCGCGAACCCGGGGCGAGCGAGUACGUGGACCCCUCGCAGUUCACCGAGCUCGAGUUGACGACGUCGCAAAUGACGGCGUACGCGAGCAGACGGCCGAUCGGGCACUUUCAGUCGCGUUUCGCCGACGACGAGCCGCGCAAGGGCGCGGAUAUCUUAGUCGAGGCCCUGGAGCGUGAGGGCGUCGAUUGCGUGUUCGCCUAUCCGGGUGGGGCGUCGAUGGAGAUCCAUCAGAGCCUGACGAAGAGCGUGACGGGGAUUAGAAACGUCUUGUGUCGACACGAGCAAGGGGAGGUUUUCGCGGCGGAGGGGUACGCAAAGUCCACCGGGAAGGUUGGGGUGUGCAUCGCGACGAGCGGGCCGGGGGCGACGAAUUUGGUCACCGGGUUAGCCGACGCGUUGUUGGAUUCGGUGCCGAUGGUGGCGAUCACCGGGCAGGUUCCGAGGCCGAUGAUCGGUACGGACGCGUUUCAGGAGACGCCAAUCGUGGAGAUCACGAGACAGAUCACCAAGCACAACUAUUUGGUGAUGAACGUUGAGGAGAUUCCGAGAAUCGUUCGCGAGGCGUUCUUCUUGGCGAGCUCGGGACGACCGGGACCGGUUUUGAUCGAUAUUCCGAAGGAUGUUCAGCAACAGCUCGCGGUGCCGUACUGGGAGCCCAAGGUUUCUUUGCACGGUUACCUGAGCCGUCUUCCGGGCCCACCGACGAACCCGCAGAUUCAACAAGUGGUUGAUCUCAUCAAGAAGUCGAAGAAGCCGAUCGUGUACGCCGGCGGCGGAUGCCUCGACGCGAGCAAGGAGUUAGUUGAGUUUUGUCGCGCCACGGGGAUCCCAGUGACAAACACCCUCAUGGGUCUCGGCACGUUCCCGCAGAGCGAUGAUUUGAGCCUGAGUAUGCUCGGCAUGCAUGGUGCCGUGUAUGCGAACUACGCAAUCGACAGCGCCGACCUGUUGCUCGCGUUCGGCGUGAGAUUCGACGAUCGAGUGACGGGUAAGUUGGCUGAGUUUGCCAAACGCGCGGCAAUCGUGCACAUCGACAUCGAUCCGGCCGAGCUCGGCAAGAACAAGAAACCGUUCUGCUCCAUCUUUAGCAACAUUAAGCCGGCGUUGAGAUCGCUGAACAAGCUCAUCGCGUUGGACGCGGCGAACUUGCCGGACUUUUCGGACUGGCGCGCCGAGAUUGAGGUCAAGCGCAAGGAGUUCCCGUUUCCGAUUCCGAAACAGCAAGGCGACGUUAUCGCCCCGCAGGCCGCGAUCGAGCUCUUGUGCAAGUUGACCGAAGGUAAGGCGAUCAUCUCCACUGGUGUCGGUCAGCACCAGAUGUGGGCGGCGCAGCACUACAAGUUUGACGAGCCGCGCAACUGGCUCUCAUCGGGUGGUUUAGGUUCGAUGGGUUUCGGCUUGCCCGCCGCCAUCGGAGCUCAGGCGGCGCGACCGGACGAGCUCGUCAUCGACAUCGACGGCGAUGGUUCGUUCGUGAUGAACAUUCAGGAGCUCGCCACUUUACACGCGGAGGAGUUACCAGUGAAGUGCUUCAUCCUGAACAACCAGUACCUUGGCAUGGUCGUGCAGUGGGAGGAUCGCUUCUACAAAGCGAACCGAGGACACACCUACCUUGGCUCCCCGAACGACGAUUACCAAGUGUCCAAAGAGGAAGCGCACAUCUUCCCGGAUUUCGUCACCAUUUCCAACGGUUUCCGCGUCCCGGCUGAGCGCGUCACGCGCAUGUCCGAACUCGAGGGUGCCAUCAAGCGCAUGAUUGAGACCCCUGGCCCGUAUUUGCUGGACGUCAUGGUGCCGCACGUCGAGCACGUCUUGCCCAUGGUUCCGGGUGGUGGUACCUUCGCCGAUACUAUCGUCACCGGCGACGGCCGAACCCCGGAGGAGAAGGACAUGAAGACGCUGUAA